GGUCUCGUCAGAGAGAAUAUUCAAAUUUGAGUUAACUAGUUACUCUUGAGAAUAAUGUAAUUUUUCGUGCUAUAACUAGAGAAUAUAUUAUAUUCAAACCCACCUUGACAAAAAUAAUGCAAUUUAUAAACUUUUUGGAAACAUCAGGUUAGUGGGCGCUGAAAACCUGUUGGAACAUAAAAAUGUCCAAAGAUGACCAACACCCAUUGGACCAAAGGCCCACAAACCCUAAGGAAAAAUCAGUUCGAAUGGAAAGUCUUGUUGGUAUUUCCUCAAGAGAAAAACAAUCUGAGGAUGAUCCAGAUAAAAAUAAUCCCUACUCUAUAACGGAAGAAGAAUUGUCCAAACGUCUUUUUAGCUCUUCCGAUACUGGAAGAAAAACCACUCAGAUCUAUUCAUGUUUUGUUGGCAGCAAGAAAGACAGGAUAGAGGAUCUACCAAUCAUGUAUUAAAGAAAAUUUUACUUCAAAACUUUCAAGGAUGGGUUUAACUCCUAAAUAUGUACUUUUUUUAGUAUCGAUGGGACACUUGUGUUUUGGAACCUGCCUUGGUUGGGCCUCUCCGAUGAUGUUUCAUAUAGCGGCAAAAGAAGAUUUUGCAAGUUUUCACACUUGGAUGACAUCCAUGGUACCCUUAGGAGCAUGCAUGGGCUUUGGAGUUUGGUCUGUGAUGGGAUACAAAAACGGCCCCAGAAAAACCCUUCUGAUACAAACCCUUAUCUAUCUAACCUUAUGUUUAACCCUCUUCUUUGUAACUCACAAGGGUUUCGUGCAAGCCGGUAGGUUCUUCCUUGGCUUUUUUGGUAUAGGUUAUGUAGUAUGCGGUCAAAUGCUGAUGACCGACACCAUCCAAGUAGGUCUUUUGAAAUAUAUGAGGAUAGCGCCCCAUUUAUUUAUGCUUAUGGGUGUGUUCCUGGUGCAAGUCACAGGUAUUUACUCUGAAUCGAAGAACGGUGGUCUUGCUUGUAUAGCCAUAACGAUUCUCCAGUUCAUCAUGCUUUUUAUAAUGCCGGAAAGCCCAGUCCACAUGUACAAAUUUGGGGAGAAACGUGCGGAGAACUCCCUUAGUUGGUACAUGGGACGAAGAAACAUCUCAGACAACAUGAGAAGAAUAAGAACAGAUUACGAGUACAGAAGAAUGAACGUUGAAGAUAAAUACAUGUUGAACUCAAGCGUAGUGAAGAAAGGCUUGAUUAUCAUCAUAGGAGUAAUAAUUCUGCAAGUAGGAUCCGGAUACCACCUGUUUCUCUUUUAUGGCACCAUAAUUUGGUCGGUUGUCCCCCUUAUUAGCGAAAAAGCAGAUGUAAUAAUCCUAGGUUGUGUCCUACUGGUAUCCAGGCUUUUUUGGUCUAUAGCGCACUUAAAACUGAAACUACCCGUUAGGUUGGCUCUCAUCUUGAGUUGUACGAUUGUAGCAACAAGUCAAAUGGUUCUUGCUUCAAUUUUGCUGGUCCUUCGGUAUUGCGUUUCGAAUUACCUAAGAUGGUGGUGCUUCGUCUGUUGUUUCUUCAUUAUUUUCGGUUUUGAAAUGGGUUUGAACCAUUACACCGGGAUUUUGGUGUACAAAUAUCUACCUUUUCAAGUUUAUCAGACAGCGAUGACGAUUGUCAAUUCGGUGUACUGGCUUCUAGUGUUUGUAAUCAUAAAGUUUAACGGGUUUUGGCAUGCAAACAUGCCCAGUUGGUUGUUAUUCAUGGUUGGGUCGUUAUUUUUGUUUCUGGGCGCGCUGUACGUGUAUUUUUUUGUUGUUGAGGUCAAAGGUAGGAGUUUGGUUCAAAUACAGUUGGAUAUAGGGGGUAAUCCAGUGGGAACAAGAGCUGCCAUAGGUAUGAGAACUGGAGGGGAUGACAUAUGGUAGCGAACAUGUAUCUCGAAGAUAAUUGGUGUUCAAAGUGUAAAAUAUGAUAGGUUAAGGCGUAAAUAUGUUAAAACAACUAAUAAAGACGAUUGAAGUAUCA